AUGGAAGGCUGUCCCGUUCCAUCCGAAACCGGAUCACCAAACGAAACUGCUCCGUCUUUCAAGCCACCGGCGAACGAUUCGUCGUCGUCGUCGUCAUUUUGGUCAAGGCUCUGGUGGCCGACGGAAUCCGGUUUCACUAGUAGUGGCAGUAGUAGUGGUAGUAGUGCUACCGUCGACGCGUGUCCGGUUCCCUCCACUCCGUCGAGUCUCGAACAAGCCGCUCAAUACGCCCAAACACCCCAACCGGAUCAAACCGUACGUCUCGCCACGGCACGACAAGUCUCCAGUAUCCCCCGUGGAGAGUCCUCGUCUCUUCCACAACAUCAACCAAACACCACCACCAACACCACAACAAACACUACCAACACCACCACAAACACUACCAACAACAACAACAACUGGGUCUAUCCCUCCGAACAGCAACUGUACAACGCCAUGCGUCGGAAAGGAUGGAACAACAUUCCGGAAGAAUCGAUUGAAUACGUUUUGCAGAUACACAACGUUACCAACGAACGCACGUGGCGACAAAUACAACUCUGGGAAGGUCUCUCGGAAUCCUCCACGGCCGUACCGUCCCCGGGUGCACCCACCCUGCGUUUGGCUCGCUUUCACGGACGCCCCCGCGACUUGUCUCCCAAAGCAUUCGUGUACCACAAACUGCUCGGACAACCGGCACCCUUUGAUCGACACGACUGGUACGUGGAACGUACCGACACACACGGACGCUACCAACGCUACGUCAUUGAUUACUACGAAACGGAACCGGUGUACGCCGCCGCCCCGCCCGGAACGAAACUGCCCCCCGUUACGUAUGUCGACGUCCGUCCGGCCCUCGAUCAUCCCCGAGCCGUCGUACUGACCGGACAACGAUUCCUCGCGGAUGCCUUUCCCGGCAUUGCGUCCCGUAUCCGACGUCUUUUCCCUACGCUAUCCAACGAAAAGUAG